AUGGCAGCUCCAAGACCGGACAUCUUUAAGAAAUAUCUGGACCUCGAGCAGCCUGAAGACCAGGUGUUCUGCACGUACGUCUUCGUCGACGCCACGUUGGAGAAUGUGAGAUCAAAGAUGAGGGUGCUCAGCUACGAACCGAAAUCGCCUGAAGAAUGCCCAAGGUCUACGUUUUGCGGUCUGGGUACUGACCAGUGGCCAGAUGCGGGCGUCGACUCUGAACUUGACCUCCUCCCAGUAGCUCUCUUUAAGGAUCCAUUUCUGAAGGGCCGGAACAAGUUGGUUCUUUGCGAACUUCUCAACUCGGACGAGCAACCACACGAGACGAACACACGCCAUCCUUGCAAGAAGACAAUGGAAGCUGCGAAAGAACAAGAGCCGUGGUUCGGCAUCGAGCAGGAGUACGUGAUUCUGGAACAAAAUGGUGUACCGAUCGGCUGGCCCAAACAGAGCCACUCUUUGAAACGCUGCCAAAGCUACUUCUACGCCGUGGGUUCGGAAAACACUGCCGGCCGCCAAGUCGCCGACGCACACGUCAAAGCUUGUUCUUACGCCGGCGUCAAGCUUUAUGGCUCCAACGCUGAAGCCGUCAUAUCACAGUGGGAGUACCAGAUCGGGCCCUUGCCUGGAGUCGAGGCGGGCGACCACCUUUGGAUAUCCCGCUACAUUCUACAGCGAGUGGCCGAGGAUUUCGGCGUCAUGGUCAGCUUCGAGCCACGGCCCUUCAAGAGCCUCGAGGUGCCUGGUUGCGCGGGUCACGUCAACUUCAGCACCAAGUCGUCACGAAGCGAAGGCGGCCUCGACUGGAUAAACAAGGCUAUUGCCAAGCUAGAACUGAAACACGAGCUCCACCUAAAAGCCUACGACCCCAGGAAGAAGAGCUCGAACGAAGAACGACUGAGGGGCGAUCUGCUAACGACGCCCUCUCGCAAAUUUUCGGCGGCCGUCUCCGCCAAGACGGUGUGCGUGCGCGUGCCGCGGCUUACAAAAGUCGCUGGGCGAGGAUUUUUCGAAGACCGUAGGCCGGGCGCCAAUGUGGAGCCUUACCGGGCCAUGCAACGACUCGUAGAAACCCUCUGCUUGGCCGAAUAACGCUAAGUCUACAUCCUUUAGCGAAUACCACUAGGAAUGACUAUUCGUUUGUUGGGACCUUUGGGCUAAAACAAUCUGCUUUUCAUAUCGGAGGCGGCUCGCACGUAGGGUCACUGAUACACAAUGCUGUGUAGAUCAAACAUGCGCUCGUCAGCCCUGGAGACAUGUUUGUCUUGCGAUCAGUUGUGUUCAUGUCAGCGCGAUUGCGUUCGAUAUACGUUCAUAGUAACGUUUGGAACACCAGACACGUACCCGGUGUUCAAAAACACGUUUCUUCUCUCACCUGUGUGGAUUUGUACACUUUGAACUAGUGGUAUCUAAACAUAACGAAGGAUUUCUUACCAGAAUUGUGGCGACGGCUAAAGACCAGGGAGGUCAGAACCAAAGUGGACUGGUGCACACUUUCAACUUCUCGAAGAAGCAGAAUUUACCUACGUUGCCAUUUUCUCAUCUUCUCCCUAGCCGAACUGCUAUCCUACAGAUCCAUUAAAGUCAGACUUCGCUACUCGGGGCUCAAAGUUGUUGUGCGUCGAACGAAAGCGUGCCGCCACGAAAUCUCCCAGUCCACGAACUGACGACAAUUCAUGCUUGAGUGUUGUGCAAGAUGGAGUCACUGCGCUACGCAGGAAAUUCGUCCUAAGCCCUGUUGAGAUGUGGUUGUGGCGGUGUAUACCUUUAACUUUCCCCUUUUCACGGUCGUGAAAUGUGCCAGCGUCCUUGGCACCUGGUC